UAUGAGUUCAACCUAUUCAAUUUAAAAAAUUUUAAUUAAACGUUUAGGUUUAUGGGUGAAGAAACAUUAACUAAAGAUGAAUUGACUACAAUAUUCAAAUCAUUGAAAAAAAUUCCUUCCAAUAAACAAUGUUUUGACUGUGGUAGUACUAAUCCAUCAUGGUGCAGUGUAACAUAUGGAAUAUUCUUGUGUAUAGAUUGCUCGGCCGUUCAUAGGUCAUUAGGUGUCCAUGUAUCAUUUGUAAGAUCAUCUCAGCUAGAUACGAAUUGGACAUGGACUCAGAUCAGAUCUAUGCAAGUUGGAGGAAAUGCUAAUGCUGCUGCCUUUUUUAAUCAACAUAACUGUACUAUAUCUGAUGCCAAAAUAAAAUACCAAAGCAGAGUUGCAAAUCUUUACAGACAAAAGAUUAAUAGUCAGGCUGAAAAAGCAAUGGAGCAAUAUGGGACUCAACUGCUUAUUAAUCAAACAAUCAAAAAUGAUCAAAAAAAUGAUGGCAAAGAAGAUGACUUUUUUAGCAUUUUGAAAGAUGACAAUUUAGAUGAUAAGGACAUAUAUAACUCUGAAUUUAAACAAAAAACUGAAAACAAUUUCUCUGGGGAUCCAUCUUUAUUUACAUCUUCAUUAUCAUCAGAAAAUGGGUUGACAGUCAAAAAAUCAACAUUUAAUUCUAAAAAGGCAAACGUCACGGGGAAAAAAACGUUUUCUACUCAAAAGUUGGGCAACACCGUCGAUUUCUCUGAAAUGGAAAAGAAGGCCCAAAUUUAUGAUUCCACCAGGGUUAAGAUGGCGGAAAAGAUUGCGGGGGAUGCCAAGGCAGCUAAAGAACUCUCCGAACAAUGCGAAGAAGAUGAAUCUAAAAAAAUGACUUCCUUGCGAUUAGCUUACAACGAUCUGAGCUUGCAGAGCAAAGCGAGCGACGAAAAAAUCAAAAAUCUUUCAGCUCAAAAGGCUAAACAAUACGAGAGAUUGGGUAUGGGAAAGGAAAGCAAUACCAAAAAGGGAAUCAGCCAUUUUGCCUCUAAAGAUAUGGUGAACAUCGAACAAUUGGGCGUUGACAAAGACGACAGUGACAACCUCAGAACCACGAAGAAUGCUAAUAAAACAACCGGAAGUGCUGCUACACGAGAUUUGGACAAAUUCUUUGACAAAUACGGGUUAGACGACGAUUACCAAGACGCGGAAGACGACUGGUCUUCUAGCGGCAAAAAAAACGGGAAAAAGGCGGGGAGCCGAAUUUUCGAUGGUAUUAAGCCCUACAGCGAAAGUACUAAAGAUGUGGACAUGGAUAAAUAUAAGACGAAAAAGGGACAAAAUUAUGAUAAGGAUACCAAGGACGAAACCAACGCGGCUAGAACCCAAUUUUCUAACGCCAAAUCAAUAUCCUCCGAUCAAUAUUUCAACAAACAUACCAGGGACGAGGGAAGCGAAUACAACGCCAAGCUACGCAAUCUGGAAGGCAAAUCGGCUAUUUCUAGUUCCGAUCUUUUCGGCGAAAGUGACGGCUUCAAAUCGGGAACUUCCAAAGGUUCUGGAAACCCUCGCAGGUCUUCAUCCAAUUUCUCCACGUCCUACAACAACGCUUACGACUACUACUCAACCUAUAAAGACAUGUUGUCCCCCGAGCUUACCAAUAUCAAAGACGGCGUUAAAGAUGGGGUCAGCAGAAUAACCGGAAGGUUGACCAACAUGGCGAGCAGCGUGUUUAGUAAUAUUCAGGAUCGAUAUAGCUAAGUCAAUGAAGGUCGUCUCGAGGAACAUUUAUUGCUCUUGAAAUUCUCAAUCUUCGAUUACUAUGCUGAAUAUUUAAUAUCCCUUAAAAAGAGUUUGAUGAAGAGGAAAAACAGAAUGAUAAUAAUUUUAUAUUUGUAUUUUAUCUUAUUUAUUCCUCGCAUUAUUUUGUAAUUGAUUAUUAUUUUUUGUUAUAUCAUUUCAUUUUAAAACCUUAUAUAUAUAUUUUUUUUCCUUUUUUUUGUACUCAAUUAAUAUAUAGUAGCUGCAUCUACCCAGGUAAAGUUUUAAAAAGAAUUGUAUCGAGAUUACUGAAAGAUGCUAAUUGUGUACUAAUUUAAUUAGGUUUCAGAAAUGGUAUCAAAACAUAUGUUUUUCAAAUAUAAUUUUUAUAAUCCCCGCCUUUAUUAAAUUUAUUUACCCGUCUUAU